AUGGCGAGUUAUGGCACCCUGAAUUUGGAUUCUGUACCUCAGAUUCUUCAUUUCACAUUGCCUUUCCCCAUGCUUGAAUACCUCUUUUCUCUGUGGAAGAGGAGUCCAUGGAAGAGAGGUUCACACUUCCAUCCAGAUAGAACUUUAUGGAUGCCCUAUUUGGUAUUCAUUUUGUGGUUGGAGUUUGUGACAUACUUGCAUCAUCACAGGCAUGAUGAGAAACUUCCCUGGUCACAGAAAAAUGAAGUAGUCUCAAAUCCUAGUGUAUCUAGAAGAGAUGUUAGGCUGCCAAAGUUAUGGCAGCAGUUUGAAUGGAGUUAUCUCCGCAAAGGACUGUCGACACUAGAACAGGAUUAUGGAUGGAUCCACAACAUCCACCAUGAUAUGGGACUCAUGAUACAUCACCUUUUCCCACAGAUACCUCAGUACUAUCUAGUGGAAGCUAUUGAGGCAGCAAAUCCGGUGCUUGGAAAGUACUAUGGGGAGCCUGAGAAAUCUGCUACUUUGUCAUUUCACCUAUUUGGCAUCCUAGCAAAGAGUUUGAGACAUGAUCACUACAUUAGUGAUAUUGGAGAUGUUGUCUACUAUCAGACUAACAGAAUUUUUGUGCAUGUUCCGGGCCAUAUUAGUCAUUCUUUUCUCUUCCAAAUAAAAGGGAAGCGAUGUAGGAAAGUUGUCCUCAAAUGA